CAAACCCAGAAGGCGAGACCUCUACAGAGGAGAGCUCUCUCGUCCUAUCCAGAAUCCUGUCCGAAAGCGAAGUCCAUGGCGUUUCUCCGCCUUCAUUCCUCAUCUCCCACUUCUGUAAAUCUCCUCCCAUCUCUGCACACACGAACCACCACUUCGUCAUCGUCGUCGUCGUCGUCUCACGUCUCAAUACGAACAUCAUCCACGCGCAAAUCGUCCAGCUUGAGCGCUGCAAUCUCUGAUCUCGGUUCGAAGUCUCUGAAUUUCCUGCUCUCAGGCACUCUCGCUCUCGGACUAUCUCUCACGGGAGUUGUUGGGUUUGCGGAGGCGAAAGUCGGGGUUAACAAGCCAGAAUUGCUUCCUAAAGAGUACACUCCGGUUAUCGAUGUUGCCGGACUCCUCUCCGAUGGUCAGGAGAUAAGAUUGGCACAAGAGAUUGCUGACAUUGAAAAGGAUACUGGAUUUAAGUUGAGAGUUCUAGCCCAGAAUUACCCUAAUACACCAGGGUUGGCAAUUAAAGAUUUCUGGAGUGUGGAUGAUCGAACAAUUGUCUUUGUAGCUGACCCAACAUUUGGUAACAUCAUAAAUUUCAAUGUGGGAGCUUCUGUUGAUUUAGACAUUCCGCGUAGCUUUUGGAGUCGUUUGGCUGGAAAAUAUGGAAAUAUGUUUUACUGGAAAGAGAAGGGAGAAGACGCGUCUAUUGAAGCUGCUGUGGUGGCGAUAUCUAAUUGCUUGAGGGAACCUGUGGGUCCAUAUAACUGUUCUGAGAGCCAAGAAAUAGGAGGAAAGCUGGUGUGAGAUUUGAGAGUCCAUGUUUUCAUGUGCAUAGCCAAAUGGGUCUUGCCAUGUAAAGAUGGGUAUUGUCUCUCGGGCGUUUUACUCUUUACUUAGCUGAAACAAACAGCUUAUUUUAUUUUAUUUUUUUUGUCAACUUCAGGGCAAGAAUUUUAGUUGUAGCCUUGAUUUAGCUGGUAAUAUGGGUUUUUGCAAUUCUGAAUUUGUGAUUUCAUUAAAAAAAGGAACAUAU